GCGUCGGUAACGCCGUCUUGUCAUCUCGCUCUUCAUGACGGUCGGUAACAACGACUACGGCUUCUACUGGUACUUCUACUUGGAUGGCAAGAUUGAGCUUGAAUGCAAGGCUACUGGCAUUGUCUUCUCCUCUAUGCGUCCCGAAGGAAGCCACGAUUUCGCAACUGAGAUGGUUCCACGUCUUGGAGCUCCGUGCCAUCAGCAGCUCUUCUCAGCUCGACUCGACGUGGCCAUUGAUGGCAACAAGUACCACGUUAAUGAACUUGAGGUGAUGCGUCUACCGAUCAGUCCCGACAACCCCGUGACGAAUGCAUUCAAGCGCGUGGCUACUCGUCUAGAGCGCGAGAGCGACGCUCAACGUGAAACCGAUAACAAGCUUGGACGUGUCAGGUUGAUCGCGUCCACUAAGAUGACCAAUCGUCUAGAAAACCCAACGGGUUAUAUACAGUACCCGGAAGGUGCUCCGUUGCUAGUGGCAGCCGACGAGAGCUCAAUCGCUAAGCGCGCACAAUACGCCAAGAAGCACUUGUGGGUCACUCAGUACGCUCGUGAUGAAAUGUGGGCUGCCGGCUACACGCCCAACCAGCACCCAGGAUAA